AUGUUUGGAAAGGCCAGGAGCAGGAAGUUGCCCGUGGUGCGCAACCAGGGUUUGGUCACAGACAGCAAUGAUAUCAAGCCAGGUGUCGGCAGUCUCAGUGUGACGUCCAGAAACAUGUAUUCUGGCCGUCCAUCUCUGGAUGUAUCGGAUGAUAGCAGGACAGAGACAAGGAAGUGUGGCCUGACGUACACAGCUACCCCGCCACCACCUUUGUGCAGGCGAUCAUUUCUGUACAGGUUAAAACCUGGAAGCUCGACACUUCUGUCACUUAACUUCUUAACAAGCCAAGGAACGGGGAUGGAGGCAUUUGUCAGUUCUCAGGGAGCACUGGUUGUGGGUGUGACAACCAAGAAAGAGUUCCUCGCUGCGACAGUGCCUGACUUAACAUUAUUGGACUCAUUGUGGCACUGCUUGGACCUGUGUUACAUGGCUGCUAGGAGACCUUUUGGCCACAAUCAACUGUCAGUAUUUAUAGAUGGCCAUCAGAAACUUGUCGCAGCAAUGAAAUUUCCAGCUUUGACUGAGCCAUUUGUUCUGUGCACUGUGGGAGCUGCUGCAGCCAGGAAUUACCAGCCAAACCAAACCAGAUCUGACAAGUCACCAAGUGGCAUUAUGGAACGAGGGAUUUUUCCAUCUAUCAUAUCUCAGGUACCUAACUACUUUUCACUUCCGCUGAGGUCAUCUACACCAUUGGACCCCCAUGUAAAGAAUUUUCCACCUGGGAUACAAGACACCAUCUUUGGUCCUCCUUCUUCACUUCAAGGACAAUUAGGACUAAUCUGUCUCUUCCAUGAAGCUCUUCAGCAACAUCAAAUCAAAACUCUAUUCGAUGCAGGACCCAAUUGCCGCCUGCUGUUCUCACCUGAGGACAAUGCGGAGAUUGCUAGUGAUGAAUAG